UAUACCACAGCCAUGUUAAGGACCCAUGACUGCACCACGUGAGAGUCUUUAAACGUUCAUUGCGCCAUAGCCUGCACCACCGAAGAGUGCUACUUUAUACAGUUUAUGCUGUAUACAUGAUGCAGGCGUUGGUCGAAUCGUUAUUCCUUGGUUUUUGGGGUAAGACAAGUCUCGUCAUUGUUGCCUUGUCCAGUUGGACCUGUGGCUCACAUGCGCACGGCCUUCCCUCGUACGUAGCUGCAGUGUACGAGCACCGUGUAACGCUGAACCCGGAGCCGCGCGUGCCUCUCUCCCGCAGCGCAGCAUUGCGUCACCUGCGCCAGAACCUCCAGGUGUACUCGAAGCAGGCCUCCAGGGCGGCUCUUCAGGGUGCUCAGAUUCUGGUGUUCCCAGAGGACGGCCUGCAGGGCUUUAACUUCACUCGCUCUUCUAUAGCAGCCUAUCUAGAGGUGGUCCCUGACCCACAGCAGGAGAGCUGGAACCCUUGUGAGGAUCCGCAACGCCACCCAAACACUGAGGUGCAGCAGUGGUUGAGCUGCAUUGCCCGGACACAUGGUCUGUAUGUAGUGGCCAACAUGGGCAGUGUGCAGCCCUGCUCCAGGGACUCGGGCAGCCCCUGUCCCCCUGAUGGUCGCUGGCACUUCAACACCAACGUGGUCUACAGGAGCGAUGGGUUACUGGUGGCUCGCUAUCACAAACAGAACCUGUACUUUGAGGAGGCCUUUGAUACCCCCCAACACAUGGAAUUAGUCACAUUUGACACACCUUUCGCAGGAAAGUUUGGUCUCAUUACCUGCUUUGACAUUCUGUUCCAGCAGCCAACUGUGUCCAUGGUAGAGAAGGGUGUGCGCCAGUUUAUUUUCCCCACUGCCUGGAUGAACCAGCUCCCUCUACUAGACGCUAUCCAGUUCCAGCAGGCCUUCAGUCUGGGGGCUAAUGUGACACUGUUGGCUGCAAACAUUCGCAGUGAUGAGCUGAUUAUGACUGGGAGUGGUAUCUACUCCCCCUCCUCUGCCGUGUACCACCAUGCUCAGAGAGGUGACCCAGAGGAGGGCCAGCUUGUGGUGGCCACGCUGAGGCCAUUGGGGCCUCUGCCUGAUGCACCAGCCUUACAGGUAGUGUUACAUAAGGAACAGGGAUACACUGAAGUGAGAGGGUGCCGCUCUGCGGGCUGCAAAGGCCCGCUUUCUUUCACCUCCUCCAUGAUGCACGACCCUUUCACCUUCGUACUGCUGAACAGGCCUGGGGGACAGCUUAGUGUCUGCAAUGGCUCCUUUUGCUGCUGGCUACAGUAUCAGUGCAUGGACAGUAACUUCACAGAAGUGUAUGCUCUGGGAGCAUUUGCUGGAAUGCACACGGUUAAUGGGCACUACAGUCUACAGGUUUGUGCUCUGGUAAAAUGUGCUGGAGGUGAUGCCCGUUCAUGUGGACAGGAGGUGUUGGAGGCACAAACGAAAAUGGACUUCGUUCUGGAGGGAACCUUUAACACUAAACAUGUGUACCCAUCUGUCCUGUCCAGUCACUACACUCUGGAGCAGCCUCUCCUCCACACUAUGGCGCAUGGGACUGUGACCAUGGCACAUUCUCAUAUGAGGGCAGGCCUCAUCACAGCUGCUCUUUAUGGCCGGACAUACCAUUUGGACCUGCACUGAAAACCAAGCACAUUUAUCCACACAUUAGUAUUUCCAAGAUAAUGUGUAUUCUUCUCUACCUCGAAAUGACUAGCCAACAUUAUUUUGCCAAUGUUGUUUCCAUUACUUUGACGUGCAUGCUCCAUGCUUUUUGUCUGGUUUCUGGUCACAAAGUGUCACAUUCUUUGAUACGACUGUCUGUGAUAUGUCAAUAUACAAUCUAAAUAAUACUGAACAAACUGAACAAAUGAAACAAAAAUUGAAGUUGUGUUGCUGAUGUGACGUGAAUCAGUAACUAUAUAAAGCGGAUGCUUUUCUUAUCUUGAGCAAAUGGUCAGUACACCUUUCAUGAUAACAAAUUUUGAAGCAUGAUAUACUGAAGAAAAUACAGACAAUAAACGUUAGUAGUUA